UCGACCUUAAAAAAAAACCCUGUUUCUGUUACUUCCGUGUUUAGCGUUCUAGGCAGUUUUCGUUUCGGAACAGCAACAUGGCGCAGCUGAAAACAAAACGUUCCUGUAAACUGUUAUGUCAAACUAAUUCACCUUCAUGUAAAUUAUCAUGUAGUCAUCUUUUCCAACCACUCCUCUCAAUAAUAUUAGUCAGCUCCAUCGCAAGUUCUGCUGUAGCAGAAACAGAGACAGGCGUCCUGACAAUAACAGAUGCUAACUGGACGGUCACUAUGGAUGGCGAGUGGAUGAUAAAGUUUGUUGCUCCCUGGUGCCCGGCAUGUGCCCAGCUGAAGGAGCAGUGGGAGAGAUUCUCCAGCCUGGCAGCAGCCAUGGGGGUUUCAGUAGGAGAAGUGGACGUCACUGAACAGCCUGGUCUCAGUGGACGAUUUUUGGUUACCACACUGCCAACCAUUUUCCAUGUAAAGGAGGGUAGCGUGAGGAGGUAUGUGUCUGUCCGUGAGGCUGAGGAGUUCCAUACAUAUGUCUCUAACAGGAGGUGGGAGGAGGUGGAACCACUGCCUUCAUGGAAGUCUCCUACUUCUCCUCUGAUGAGCUGCAUGGCUGGACUCUUCAGGCUUUCACUGUGGAUCCGGUGGACUCAUGGGUAUCUGACGGGAGAUUUGGGCAUGCCGGUGUGGGGCUCCUACCUCUCCUUUGCCAUGGCAACACUUGUCACUGGGCUGCUGAUGGGACUGGUGCUGGUCCUGGUUGCAGAUUGCCUCUGUCCUUCCCGACAGAAGCUGAAGGAGGAGAGAGCAGGAGUGUGUGUGAGUAUGGCGGAGAAGAGGCAAGCGUCGGAGGCAGAUGAGGGGUCUAACAAGGAGGAGCCAGAGACACUGAGACAGAGGAGAGGACAGGCAAAACGUACCUCCUAACCAGUGGUUGGAACCUAAAUUAUUUUCCAAUUGUUUUGUUCUGAACAGAACCAUUAUUUUUUUUGUUACAUUCCACUGUUUUCCGACCAGCAAAAUAAAGUUCUGAACCGGUUCGAACCAAAUAAAAGUAACAGUUUAUAUUGUUCCUUUCUGUUCCUUUUUAAACCUCUGAAAUUGUACAAAAAUAAAUAAUAAUUUGCUCAACAUUAAAUGACUUCACCAAUCAUGCAGUGCAGAUAGAGCAGCUUGAUAUGGAGCAGACAAGCUAUAGCUCAGUGAGUUGUUUACAUGCAGCUGAAAUUUUGCGGGUGGAGGAAGCUUGGCUUAAAGCGCUGGGCAUCUUGUUGUGACAUGCAUUAUCUGAAUUAGGCCCACAGAAUUAUACCUACGGCGGAGCGGCUUCUUUGGAGGAACUUUGAAUGUCUUUGAACUUCUGAGAUGGCUUAACAUUGAACCAGAACUAGCUAUAGCUAGCUAAUGAGCUUGUGUGCGCAGAGCGGCACCAGAAUUAAAAAUACAUCUUACCUUUUUGUAGUUAAUAAAUACAAUGUGAAAUGUGAUAACUAUAGUAUUCUAACUAGCAUUGAAAAAGUUAAUCCAUUCUUCUCUAAUUAAAAAUCUCUUUCCCUAUCUUCUGAAUCACGCUUGUAACGUCAGUAGGUUACAGCUAUGCUUCGGGGGGUUCUGAUUCUGUUCCUUGGAAAAUGUAGUUAUUUUCCGGUUUUCUGUUCUGUUCCCUGAACCGGUUCCAAAGGAAAUGUUCCCUUCAGACAGGACGACAAAGACAAAAAUGUAUGCUGAACAAAAAGAGUGAUUUGACUAAUGCUUGUCGUGUGUUUUUACAUGUGUGUAUUGGGGGGGGGGGGUCUGGAAUUUUUCACUUUUCUAUUUUUCGUCCACUAUUGUUUUCAUCCGUUUUUUAUAACGUUGUCCAAUUUUCUAUGAUUAUCACAAAAUAAACUUUAUUUUCUUUGAUUUGAAAUAGUUUUAUAUUGUUAAGACUGCCAUAUGCAUACAUACCGUUUGAGCUAGGUGUGAUUCUAUUAUUGAUGGAAGACUAUGAUAAUGACUGAGUGUUGUUGCCAUGUGAGGAGGCCCCUCCAUCCUUGAUAAUGGAUCAUUUAAUCACCAAAAUAAACAUUUUUAUACAAAG